AUGCCAGCUCAUAAACGUCAGAAAUUAGAUACUGCAUCAUCUGGAACAACAAGCGCAACCACAAAACCAAAACCAAAACCAAAACAUCUCAUUCUCAAUGCUUUUGAUAUGAUGUGUCCUUCUCUUCAAAACCCGGGAUUAUGGCAACAUCCCAAGGACAAAUCACGCGAUUAUAAUACUAUUGAAUAUUGGACUAAUUUAGCUCAAUUAUUAGAACGUGGGAAAUUUAAUUCAUUAUUCAUAGCUGAUGUAUUAGGAGGAUAUGAUGUUUAUAAAGGUCCAAGAAAUUUAGAUGCUGUUGCUAGAAGUGGUGCUCAAUGGCCAGUAAAUGAUCCUCAUGCAAUUAUUCCCGCUAUGGCGGCUGUUACUAAGAAUCUUAGUUUUGUAGUUACUUCAAGUACUAUUAGUGAAGCUCCAUAUCAUUUUGCAAGACGAUUGGCUACUUUAGAUCAUUUAACUAAAGGUAGAGUUGGAUGGAAUAUAGUUUGUUCUUAUUUAGAUUCAGCAGCGAGAAAUCUAUUGAAUGGAGCUGAUUUAACUCCUCAUGCUGAAAGAUAUGAUAGAGCUCAAGAAUUUUUAGAGGUUGUAUAUCAGUUAUUUUUAUCAUCUUGGGCUGAUGAUGCUGUUGAGUUGAAAAAUGGAAUAUUUACCAAUCCAAAUAAAGUAAGAGAGAUUAACUACGAAGGUAAGUACUAUACUGUUCCUGGUCCAUCGAUUACUGAACCAAGUCCACAAAGAAUGCCUCUUAUUUUACAGGCUGGUUCUUCUAAAAGAGGUAUAGAAUAUGCUGCUAAAAAUGCUGAAGUUGUAUUUGCACAUGGAUACACUCCAUUAGGAUUGAAAAAUGUUAUUGAUAAAUUACGAACUGCUGUUAAAGAAGCAGGAAGAGAUCCAGAAGAUGUAAAGAUUGUUCAAAUUGUGAACAUUAUAGUUGCCCCCACUCAUGAAGAAGCAGUGGCUAAAUAUAAUGAUUAUAGACAAUAUGCUGAUAGAGAAGGUACCCAGGCAUUAUUUGGUGGUUGGACAGGAAUUGAUUUGAGUAAAUAUGAAUGGAAUGAAGAACUUGAAAAAGUAGACAGUAAUGCUUCUAAAAGUUCAACCGAACUGUGGACAACUCCAUUACCUGGUGAUCCACCAAAUUUGCGUAAAACCAGAGCAUUAAUAGCCGAAAGGUUAGAAUUGGGUCCAGCAAUAUUAAUAGUUGGUGAUCCUGAAGAAGUAGCUGAUGAGUUGAUUCGUUGGCAUGAAAUAUCUGGAGUUGAUGGAUUUAAUUUUAUUUAUAGUAUCACUCCUGGUAGUUUUGAAGAUUUGGUGGAAUAUGUGAUUCCUGUGCUUCAAGAAAGAGGAUAUGCUCAGAAGGAGUAUCCAAAAGAAGGUUUAACAUUUAGAGAGAAUGUAUUUGGUGUUGGAAACACAUUUUUAAAACCAAACCAUCCUGCUUAUGGAUUGAGAUGGAGAGCGGGUGAAACUAAAGAAGAAUUCGAAGAAAGAUUAAAAGAGGUAUUGGAAAACAACUUUGAUAAGUAG